AUGAGGCCCAGUGGUGCAGCCGCCGUGUCCGUGGGGCUGUGGGUCUUGGUGACAGUGAACGUGGUGGCGGACCCCGCUGUGACUGGACCCAGGCGCUGCUCCCUCUCUCACUACCGCUGGUUGGACCCCAGGGCGCUGGAGGCGGUCAGGGCGCUGAGGGACCACUACGAGGAAGAGACGCUGAGCUGGAGGCCGCGGAACUGCUCCUUCCGCCCACGGAGGGGUCCCCCGCUGCCCUGGUCGUGCGCAGGGCUCCGCCUGGUGGCCCGGGGCCUCUCGGACGCCCAGGCCGUGCUGAGCAGACUGCCCAGCCCCGAGCUGUUUCCCGGCGUCGCCCCAACCCUGGAGCUGCUGGCGUCCGCGACGAGGGACGUGGUGGCCUGCCUCGAGCUGGCGCGGCCCGGCUCCUCGAGGAAGGCCCUGCGGGCACCCAGGAGGCGCCCCCACAGGCGGAGAGCUGACUCGCCUGGGUGCCAUGAAGCCACCAUCAUCUUCAACCUCGUGCGCCUGCUCACGUGGGACCUGAAGCUGGCGGCGCGCUCGGGGCCUUGCCUCUGA